UUCGUUGACUGUUCAAUCUGAAAAAAGUUUUCUGGUGCUUUUACAGUGGCAGUGAUUAACUUAUUUGCUGUUGGAAAAUCAUGUCUGAUACCGAAGAGAUUUACAACUUCCAGUUGGGUGAAUUUAUCAAAAGCGGUCUAAAAACUGGAAUUCGCGAUAUUGACUUGGUAACAUCAAAAUGGAUCACAUUUAACCAUACCAAAGGAAAGCCGAAAACAAAAUUUCUGCCGCCACCUUAUAAGAAGAAAAGCAAAGAGCUGUUGCAUUUUCUAAUCGCAGCAAAAGUACCACCUCUACAAAGUUGGUUUUCAUACACAAUCAUGCUAAAGGGAAAUGCGAUUGUCACGGUGUUGAGAGCAGACAUGCCACGAAGCAUGAAAAACGUCGGUUGCAGAAGCUCGAAACUUCCUGGCCAUUUUCCCUGAACCUCUUUAUACGAUGAAUCCUGCAGGUUUUAUAUUUUGAUUGAUCAAAAUAUUAUAAUGCAAGCAAAAGACGUGCUCGGAAGUAUGCUUAUUUUCGCCCUAGUACAUUUCGUGUACGGGUAUCAUUAUAAAAAGGAGACCGCAUCAACAUUCGAGUUUCUUGAAAGAAUGAUGAUCUUGGACACACCACUGAACCCAGAAAUUAACCAAAGGACAACUAAUGAACGGAAAAUAAAAAGGUUCACGAA